UUGUCUGAACCCGAAUGAUUGUCACAUCAUUGUGCGCCGAGUCUUCAAAGUGUAAUGAUCGCUCUUCGCGGGAAGGUUCUUUUGUAAAUUGAUAUAAUUUUUAAGUGACACUUUUCUAACGAAUCAUCAACGUCGACUCAAGUCCAUAUCCAAUAUGCAGGGAUCAAAGUGGAUUUUGAAAAUUUUGGCCAUAACUUUUGUGCUAAUCACGAUAUGUGAAGCACGUGGUGGCGGUGGUAGGCGUGGUGGUUCCAUGGGUGGCUUAUUCGGCAGUUGGCGUAAAUAUAAAAAACCUUCUUCGAGCAGUUCGAGCACAAGGCGUAUAGUGAGCAGUUCCCCUGUGCACACACCCAUUACAAAGGCUUUGAACGAGAAGAAAACUACAGGAAGUGAUAAAUUUGUUAAAAAUGGAAAAACUUACAAUAAAUACUCUGCACCACCAGUACCACCGGGUGGAUCGUAUUAUACAAAUACCGCAGCAAUGCCAGGAAAUGCCAUUUAUGUCGCCCAGGCACCGCCCAGAGGUGCAGAAUUUGGAGAUUUCCUCACUGGUUAUCUAACAGGCAGACUGAUGACAAUGGGAUUUGCUCCCUAUCACAGCCAUCAUGUAACUCAUAUUUAUCGGGAUAACCCUGAGCAAUCGGGACAAGUUCCAAACAACAACAAUUCCGGAAAAGUUAUUGUUAUCAACAAUAAUCAAGAAACUAUGACAACAACUAUAAAGCCAGCAGAUUUCAGCUCUACUACAACAGAAAUGCAACGAUCAGAACCUUACACAUUGGCAUACAUGUCUUCCACGCCAACGCCCAUGUCUUCUACAACUGAAACUCCUCCCUAUGGCAUUAUUUGCAUGCCCCUCAAAGUCAAGGAAACCAAUGCGAGUGGGAAUGCCGUGGAGGUAGAACGCAUUGUUUGUUAUCCAGCUCCUCCACCGAAUACACCUGUGCAAAAUGAGAUGAAAUCCAAACCGGUGGAAAUUGCAGGGGAUAUUGUAGAUCAUUAGAAAGAUAUUCCAGUUAUUUUUUAGAAACAUAAUAUUUAUUGUAGGUUUAAAAGUGAACUUAUAUACUUACAUCAAAGUGAAAGAAUGCUGCUUUCUUUUAAUAUAAAAAAAAUAAAAAUUCGACCAUAAACAACAAA